GCCAAGGUCACUGAAAGCUUAAAGGGCACCAUGUCCACUGUGCUGAGCUGCUCUACUCAUCCUCCUAGGACUCCACAUUUCACCCGCCUGAAGAACUGGGAGACUGGAGAUGUUUUCCAUGACACUCUGCACUUGCAGAGCAACAGGGAGUUGCCCUGUGGGCAGAGGUCCUGCUUUGGCUCCAUCAUGUUCCCAGAGGCGCUGACUAACCGAUCACCUGGUGAGUUUGAGGACCCAGAGAAACUCCUGAACUCCGCAGUGAACUUCAUCAAUCAGUACUACAGCUCCAUCAAACGUUUUCAGUCCGAGGCCCAUCAGCAGCGCCUGAGACAAGUGCAGAAUGAAAUCCACAGCACUGGCACCUACCAGCUGGAGGAGACAGAACUCAUCUAUGGGGCCAGGCUGGCCUGGAGAAAUGCACCCCGCUGCAUUGGACGCAUACAGUGGACACGGCUGCAGGUGUUCAAUGCCAGAGACUGCACUUCUGCCCAGGAGAUGUUUGAACACAUCUGUAGUCACAUCAAGUACUCCACAAACAAGGGCAGCAUUCGCUCAGCCAUAACAAUUUUUCCUCAGAGGCGGAAAGGCCGUGGUGAUUUCCGGGUGUGGAACUCUCUGCUGAUUCGUUAUGCUGGGUAUUGCAUGCCAGAUGGCUCUGUCAUUGGGGACCCAGCUAAUGCUGAGAUUACCAAGAUAUGCAUUCAGAUGGGAUGGGAGCCCCGCUAUGGAAGAUUUGAUGUUCUUCCUCUGAUCCUCCAGGCAGCUGGAGAAGAACCUUGCUUAUUUGAGAUUCCUCCAGAUCUCAUCCUGGAAGUGCCCAUUAGCCAUCCCAAAUAUGCAUGGUUUGCUGACCUGGGACUCAAGUGGAAUGCUCUUCCUGCUGUAGCGUCUCUGCUGCUGGAAAUUGGUGGUCUGGAGUUUACUGCGUCCCCCUUUAAUGGGUGGUAUCUGAGCUCAGAGAUUGGCUCGAGGAACCUCUGUGAUGCCAAUCGCUACAACAUUCUUGGGGAAGUGGCUAAGCACAUGGCACUUGACACCAAGACUAACUUGUCCCUCUGGAAAGAUCAGGCCACAGUGGAGGUUAACAUUGCUGUCUUGCACAGUUUUCAGGUGGCCAAAGUGACCAUCAUGGACCACCACACUGCCUCUGAAUCUUUCAUGAAGCACAUGCAGAAUGAGUUCCGUGAACGUGGGGGGUGUCCUGCAGACUGGGUUUGGAUUGUCCCACCUAUCUCUGGCAGUGUUACUCCUGUCUUCCACCAGGAAAUGCUUAACUACAUUAUCAGCCCUUUCUUCUGGUAUCAGCCGGAUCCCUGGAAAAAUAAUGAUUACAAAAAUAAGAAGAAAAUAAGUUUCCGUAAAGUUGCAGAGGCGAUUAAAUUCUCAGCCAGUCUGAUGAGUCACGCUUUGGCAAAGCGGGUGAAAGUCAGGAUUCUGUAUGCCACUGAGACCGGCAAGUCAGAGACAUUUGCCAAACUGCUUCAUGAUGUCUUCAAAAAGGCUUUUUACUCAAGGGUGAUCUGCAUGAACGAGUACGACCAUAUCAACCUGCAGCAUGAAAACUUGGUGUUGGUGGUAGCAAGCACUUUUGGAAAUGGGGAUCCUCCAGAAAGUGGAGAAAGUUUUGCCAAGGCACUAAUGGACAUGUCUCAUCCUGCUGUGAAACAACCUGAACAGAAGAAGAGCUACAAGGUGCGAUUCAACAGCCUAUCGUCUAUGGACAACAUCCUGAAGGAAGUAAAGAGAAGUUCAGAACUGGACCACACAAAGAGCCCUGGGCCUCUCAGUGCUGUCAGGUACUCUGUGUUUGGCCUGGGAUCCCGUGCUUAUCCCCAUUUUUGUGCCUUUGGCCACGCGGUGGACACACUCCUUCAUGAACUGGGCGCUGAAUGCAUUCUGAAGAUGGGGGAGGGCGAUGAACUGUGUGGACAGGAAGAAUCCUUUCGAACUUGGGCAUCAGACGUUUUCAAGACAGCCUGCCAAACGUUUUGCAUUGAACAAGAAUCUAGCCUUGGGCUGGAUACCUGCGUCUUUGCAAAGAGCAUGCAGUGGCAGCCUGAGAAAUGCAGGAGGGCGACUGCUGAGAAACCCAUGGACCUGGUUUCAGCACUUUCAAAGAUACAUAAGAAGAGGGUUCUUCUCAGUUGGGUCAUCUCUAGGCAGAAUCUGCAGAGUGGGAGCUCCAGCCGUGAAACUAUCUUACUGCGCCUGGACACCAGAGACCAGGAGAAGCUGCAAUACGUCCCUGGAGAUCACCUUGGGAUCUUCCCCUCUAACCGGCAAGAACUAGUUGAUGCUGUGCUUGCCCGUGUUAUAGACCCUCCACCUAUCAAUGAGAACAUUGUCCUUGAGACCUUGGAAGAAAAUAAUGGUGUGAGCUCAUGGGUAUGCACUGACCGCCUGCCUCCUUGCACCCUGCGGCAGGCACUGUCUCAUCUUCUUGAUCUUACAUCGACUCCUAGCCCCCAGUUUCUUUCCAGUCUUUUACAGUUGGCCACCUCCAGCCAAGACAAGAAAAGACUUAGUGUUCUCACCCAGGUUGGCCGUGAGUAUGAUCACUGGAAAUGGAACAAUGCACCUACCCUUGAGGAAGUACUGCAGGAGUUUCCAUCCAUUAUGCUGCCCACCUCCCUGCUCCUCAGUCAGCUGCCUCUUCUGAAGCCUCGCUACUAUUCUAUUAGCUCUUCUAGUGCUGCCCACCCUGGGGAGGUCCAUAUCACUGUGGCUGUUGUGCAGUACCGGAGCAGAGAUGGUAAGGGGCCUCUGCACCAAGGGGUGUGCUCCACAUGGCUAAACCAUACCAAACCAGGAGUCAUGGUACCCUACUUCAUUCGAGGAACUCCUACAUUCCACCUCCCUGAUGAUAACUCAGUGCCUUGUAUUUUGGUUGGGCCCGGAACAGGAAUUGCUCCCUUCAGGAGUUUCUGGCAGCAGCGUCAGUAUGAGAUAGAGCAACAAGGCAAAAAGCCUGGUGACAUGAUCUUGGUGUUUGGAUGUCGUAAGGCAGAGUGGGACCACAUUUAUAGAGAAGAGGUAGAAGAAGCCAAGAGCAAAGGAGCUCUCAGUGCAGUUUACACUGCCUACUCCAGAGAGACCAUCACAAAGGUUUAUGUCCAAGAUAUUCUGCAACAGCAGAUGGCUACGCUUGUUUUCCAGACAUUGUAUGAACAGAAUGGUCACAUGUACUUAUGUGGAGAUGUUAACAUGGCUAAGGACGUGCUGAAAACAGUGCAGCAGAUCGUGGCUUCCCACUCAGGCAUGGCCCCCAGUGAGGCUGGUGAUUAUCUAAGCAAGCUGAGGGACCAACAGCGAAUUCAUGAAGCUAUCUUUGGAGUCACACUACGCACACAGGAGGUGACUUCCCAGGCCAGAAACCUCUUCAGUCUACGAUAUGAGAAGGAACCAGUGGAAAUGUAACACCUGGAGUUCCAAUACUCAUAUAUCUACUUGCAAAGGGAAAUUUCUGCUAGUGAAGCAGAGUUUGGAAUGACAGCUGAAGAUGAUUGCCGUGGCUAGCCUGACCACAUCUAAGGGCUGUGGACAGCAAUAUUUAGAAAGCCCUCACCCUGAUGGGCACUAAUCCAUGCUUUUCUU